GAAAGUGAUCUAACGCAUUGCGAGUCUAGCGACAUCAACGAGAGAGAGAAAAACUGGAGCUGCCUCUCUCACACUACCUUCGACCGGAAGCAUGCGAAGGAUUGCACACUUGACCUCUCGUGCAGCGCUGCUGUGUCGAACAUGCGCGAGCGCUGCAGGUGCACCGGAUGUGUCGUCCUCACCGACAGACUUGGUGACCGUACGGGAGUCACCGCUCGAAGAAGUUUUCUUGCUCGAGAUGAACAACGGACGUGCCAACCUGCUCACCCCCGAGUUCAUUUCGGCCUUUCUGAAGGCGAUUAACGAGGUGUGCACCCCGGAGAAGUUCCGCUGCCGCGGCAUCAUCCUCACCUCGAAGAACCCUGGCAUAUUCAGCGCUGGUCUGGAUCUGAACGAGUUAAACGUCAAUCUUUCCCAAGAACGCUUUGCGCACUACUGGAACCAGUUUCAACAGCUCUUCAUUACGCUGCACUCCAUGCCGGUGCCGCUCGCCGCCGCGAUCAACGGACACGCGGCGGCGGGAGGGUGCAUUAUGGCGCUCGCCUCUGACUACCGCGUGAUGGCGCGGCGGCACCCGGUGAAGCACACGGAUCUGACGAUCGGCAUCUCGGCCACGCGGUACGGCUUCGUAGUGCCGCCGUACGUCGCCGGCUCCAUGGAGCACGUGGUGGGCUUCCGUAAAGCGGAGGGGCUGCUCUCGUUGGGCGAGCUCGUUUCCGCGGAUGAGGCGCUGCGCAUCGGCCUUGUCGACCAAGUGGUGGACAACCCGGACGAGGCGGUGGUGCCGUGCCUGGAGUUCAUGGAGAAGCUGCUCGAGCUUCCGUCACCGGUGCCGUUCUGGAUGGUGAAGGACAUGUCGCGUCGCCGUGUUCUGGCUCCCUUAUGCACGCCUGCGCUGCGAACCCAGGACACGGUGGACUCCUACAAUAUGUUCAGCAACCCGCAGGUUAAGGAGACGCUGGGACGCCACACGAAAAACAUCACAGGGAAGUAG